CUCCACAGGUCCCGCUCCUUGGCGGCUGGCUCCAGGAGGGCGGCAGCCCCUCCCGCGGCUACCAGCCUGCCUCUGCCGCCCCGGCACCCGGUCUGGCCGGCGGGGGAGCGGGAGGGGGAAGCUCCCCGCGGCCGGCCCUUACCGAUGCGCCGCACGUACUGUUUUGCAGGAAGUUUCUACGCUGCGCGGUUUAAUCUGCGCGCAGGGGGGCUGAGAGGAGCGCGGCUGGAGCGGUGGAAAGGGGCGGGAGGGGAGGAGGAGGCGGCAGCAAGAGAGGCCGUGUUUAAUUUUUUAAUGAGGGCGGUUUGAGCAUCUCCUGGAGGGGUCACAUCGCCAGGCGGCGAGCGAAGCCCGGGCGAGCAACCCCCGCCGCCCGGGACCGCAGCCGGGCAAGCCGUCGGGGCUCCAGCUCGGGCGAACCCGGAGAGGCGGAGAAGCGGGCCCGGAGCCGCGGAAAGGUCCGCACUCCGCCACCAUGGGCAACGCGGAGGAGAAUGGUAAAGAAGCGAGAGAGGUGAAAAUCCCACCGAGGCACCAGGAUGUGAUGGCCAACGAUGAGCAGUAAUUACUGCAGCAACAUUUCAGCCAGCAUGAGUGUCAACGAGAUGUCUGCUUUCUCUCUGACUUUAGAGCAAAAAACUGGCUUUGCCUUUGUGGGGAUUUUGUGUGUUUUCCUGGGACUUCUAAUUAUCAGGUGUUUCAAAAUCUUGCUAGACCCCUAUAGCAGUAUGCCUUCUUCUACGUGGGAAGACGAAGUUGAGGGGUUGGAUAAAGGAACAUUUGAAUAUGCUCUUGCAUGAAAACUCACAGAAUAUCCUGCCUUAAACUUGAUGUUGAUUUCAUUUUGGAAACCAACUGUUACAACAUUUGUUAUACAUACCUGCAUUUUGGAGAUAUGUUGGUGGCAUCCAUUUUGUCAAAUAAAUAUUUGCUGCAUAUUCAAAA